AAAUAUAAAAUAUAACUUCCUUUUACUUUAGUUUACUAAAGGUCUUCAUCUCAUCCAGGGAUCGAGAAGCUGUGUUUGUAGCCAUGGGAGAACCCUUAUUACCUCAGCUUGGGGUUCUCAAACCAAGCCUGUCAUCCGAUUACCGGUCAAGCUUGAGAAGAAAUUUAGAAAAUCAAAGGAGAAAUUGGCAACUGAAGCUGCUGCAAAGGCAAAACGCAAGUGGAAAGGUGAAACAGAGGUCAUCGUGUGUAAGCAGGAGCGACUGAAUCACUAUAAGGGACAGACAUAUGGAAGGUUUAAACCCGUGCCACUGGCAUCGACCGGAUGGAUGAAGAACCGUUCAUCCUCAUGUCACGACCACUUCACCAUCAACAGCACACAAGGGAAUCCUUCUCUAACCAGAGUAGACGAUGCGGAGGAGGCUUCAACGUUCGAACACCUCGGACUGAAGGAGGAGCUAGUGACGGCGUUGACCGCUUCCGGUUUCAAAAGCCCCACAAGCGUGCAGGAGCUGUUGAUACCGGAGAUCCUGAGAGGCAAUAACGUCUUAUGUGGCGCAGAAACAGGUAGUGGAAGACAGUGGCCUUACCUGGCACCGGUGGUUCAACAUAUCUUCGACGCCAACUCUGCGUCGGCGACCGCGCCUCAGACUAACUCACCCCAGGCUCUCGUUUCGUGCCGGGCAGAGAGCUGGCCGAACAAGUCUACUUUAGGGCGCCGUGCCCGUGGGGUUGAUGACGCAGUGGGAGCUCAGCAGUAUUCACUGGUGCCACUGAUACCCAAGUCCUUACACCACGAUUACUGGAUGGCAUCAUCCGCCGUUGAGUCACUGAUGCAUGUGACGGGCGAGUACCUUCACCGCGUCAUUGCCCCACGUUACGCAGAAGAUCGCCCGGAGGCUCUGCUGGUCCUGCUGAAGUCCAACACAAGACGUGGCAUACCUACGAUCGUAUUCUGCAACAACACCAAGGGCUCCGACUUUGUCAACAUGCUGCUAGAAGAGAACGGCAUUCCUAACGUCGUCAUGAACGGUCACAUGACCGAGCAGGUGCUGCCCCCUCCCUACGAUAAUCGACCUAUCCGCGUGAGCGAGAGCCAGCUUCCUCGGAUACUGUUGCUAUGUCGGUCAAGCAAGACCAGUUCAUGCACGACGAGGUCGGUUCACUCCUUCCAAGAUGGCAGGUUCCUGACGCUCGUCUGCACUGAUGUGGGAUCCCGUGGCCUCGACACCUUAAAGGUGAGGCACGUCAUCAACUUCGACUUCCCGCUGAACAUGUCCGACUACAUCCACCGCUGCGGGCGCACGGGCCGUGUCGGCACGUUACACGGUGGUCACGUCACCAACUUCGUCUGCUUCAAGAACAAUGUGGAGCUGGUGCAGCAGAUAGAGCUUUCAGUGAGGAAGAGCGACUCUCUACCUAAGGUCAACGCCAACAUCCGACGUCGUCUCUUCUACCGCGCGCUCGCUCGCGACGGGUCACCCAACGCUGUGCACCCUGCCGACAUCACAGCGCCACCUAGUGAGGAAGAGGGAGACGAGGCGCAAGCUGGACGCGAAUGAACAUAUGUCAUCUUAUCUGUGAUGCUAGUGAUGUCACAUAUAUAUAUUAUGCCGUCACCACCUACAUGUGUAGGAUUGUAAUGCAUGAUGUAAUGAUAAAGUCGAUUACUUAUAGUUACUGUAUCAUAUACGUGUGUUAGAGGUACAUCAUAAAUCAUGGCUAUAAUAGAGCAGGUCCAAGCACAUUAUACACCUGUUUGUUUAUUGGGUUCAUCCCUGAAGGCUACCUUGUCACUAUAUCCAGUGCAGUGGACACCGACAAGUACGAGAACAUAACAUAACAUGGUGUAGAUUCUGUUCCUGCGGUAUAUCUGCCAGCAAACCUUACUUAUUAUGCAUCUAACACAAUAAAAGAUGAUACAAGAUGAACAAGCGAGCAAAGGGCAAGGUGCUUUGCGGCAGAGUUUGUGUAAAUACGGAAUUAGUAUUAAAUGCAAUAAAUAAUAAAUUUGUUACUUUUUACCUCUA